AUGCUUGAAGCGGUUGCUUCGUAUGAUUUGUGGCUUUGGCAUGCUUACUUUGGACCCGCCGGUUCGAACAACGACAUCAACGUCCUUAAUGAAUCUGACUUGUUCGACCAGUUUCUCCAAGAUAGAGCUCCUGCGGUAAAUUUCACCGUUAAUGGCCAACAGUUUACAAAAGGUUAUUAUCUAGCUGAUGGUAUUUAUCCAGAAUGGGCUACACCUGUCAAGUCUUUCAAGUGUCCCAUGGACCCUAAGACCUCUAAAUUCAAACGCUUCCAAGAGUCUGCAAGAAAAGACGUGGAGCGUGCUUUUGGGGUACUUCAAGGCCGAUGGAGAAUCCUUCAACAGGGUGCGCGUCCAUUAAGUAUUAACAAAAUUAAACGCAUCAUGUACUCUUGUGUGUUGUUGCACAACAUGGUCGUUAAAUAUAACGGGCGUGCAAUCAGUCCUUUGGAUUUGGAGCUAAUUCCCGAUAACCCGCCAACGCGUUCUUGGGACAAACGUGUUGACAUUCAGUUACAUAUGACAGGGGAGUUACGUGAUAGGGCGACACACAACCAUCUAGGAGGCGCCCUAGUCGAGCACAUUUGGAACUUGCCGGAAAACCAACGUGAACGUUGUGUAUAUGAAGUAGUAGAUGGAAGAAGCAGGGAGUAA